AUCGUUACUCAAAUGUAUGUAGACUUGGAAAUUUGUUGGCAAGAAAGAGGGAUUUUUAAAACGCAAUAUUAUGGCAAUAUAAUCAUGAGCCUAUAUCACUAGGCCAGCGUGGUGGAAUAAGGCCUUAUCCCUCUCAGUAGUAGAGUGGGCCCGUGCUCAGCAGUUGGCAAGUAUAUAAUUCAGGGCUGAUAUUAUUAUUAUUAUUAUUAAUCAUGAGCAUCUUAAAGUUUUGAAGUGCAUUCUAUAUUUUUUAUUUAUUUAUUAAUUUACACUUUUUAUUUAUAAAUGUAUAUAGUCGAAGUAAGUGCCGAAGGCAUUCUCUACCAGUCAGACUUUUAGGUGAUAUAGAGAUAAAACAAUACAGGUAGGUGUAAAAGAUAAUAAUAUAACAGGUGAAAGAAAUAAAAUUAUCUGUAUUUGAAAUAAAUUACAGUUAAAAACUACUACUUAGUGUUAUUUGAAGAUGGCUAAAUAAGCAACGCAGUCAAAAACAUUGAAAUACUAAUCGAUAUUUCCAUAAAUGUAGUGUUUUCACUUUUGGUUAUCAUAAGUAUAAUAUCUUAUGUAGGUAUGCAGUAGUAAUUUUGUCGUACAGCCGCGUGUUCCAAUCAUUGCGUCAUUUAUUACUUACUUACAUACUUUGCAGUAGGGUUUCACAAUAUCUAAAGGAAUGAUGGUGAAUACAAUGCAUGGAAAUAUUAUAUAUUGAUUCCUUUCUUAGCUCUACUUUAAAAAUACAUAGUUUAGUACGAAAUAAUUAUCUGUAAUUUGCGAAGGAUUAAGCCUUCUAUAUUACAUCACUAUUCAUUACGCAUUACGUGUUCAUAACUUAUAUCGUAAUUACAGCAAUAGCAAUUAUAAAAUUACUGAAUUAAAGCAAAUUGAGAUAUUUUGCAAUUUUCCUUGAUUUUAAUUAAGUAUGUUAACGCUUCAUCUGUAAUUAUUGAUAAAUCGUAUUUGUAAAACAUUUAAAAGUUCAUUAAUAUCAUAUUCAAUUUUUAAUGUUUUAAUGCCUAACUAUUUGUAAAUAAUUUUGAAGCUGUAAUUUUCUUAAAAUUUUACAUAUUACCAGCAUUUAAGGGUAAUAAAUACGCUUCAAAUACCUUGACCAAUUUAAAGCGGACCCUCUUCGUUGCCAGAAGUCUUUGCAAUCUCGAACGUCCUACAAAGGCAAUUGCUAAAACCAUCAUAUCCGACGUUGCACACUCUGUAAUGAAGUAAAAGUAACGUUCAUUGACUCGCCAAGACGCGAAUAGAUACAACGCAUUUAGCGUUACGAAAUUAUAGCGUAAUACGCUGAUUACAUGUUCCGCUGAAUAUUAUAUCAAAAUAAAUAAACAAAAUCAAGAUGGCCUUGAUUCUCAUAUUAAUUGAAAUAAUAAUAAUUGGGGGGAUGCUAGUAGGGCUUUAUCAGAAGAACACGAAUUUAAUGUGCAAAUCGAAGAAGAGAUUUGACGGAAAGACAGUGUUAGUCACGGGAGGGACAACUGGCAUGGGAUUAGAGAUCGCCGCAGACUUCGCACAUCGUGGAGCGAAAGUUAUAGUUGCUUGCCCUUUUCAAGAUGAAGGAGAACACGGAAAGAAAUUAAUCAUAAGAAGCUCUGGAAAUGAAAACGUUAUUUUCAAACUCUUGGAUUUGUCAUCGUUGAAAUCUGUACGAGAAUUUGCUGCAGACAUCUUGGCGACAGAAGAAAGACUUGAUAUACUUAUAAAUAAUGCUGGAGUUGGUACUGCUAAAGAUUGUCUCACUAAAGACGGACUAAAUUUUAUAAUGCAAGUGAACUACUUCGGGACAUUUUUACUGACGAUGUUACUCCUACCGCUUCUGAAGAAGACGGGAGAGCCGUCUGAACCGAGUAGGAUAGUGAAUACGUCGUCAGUGUUACACAAAAUUGGAAAAGUGGACAUAGAGAACCUAAACAAAACAAAUUACUGGUAUAAGAUACAAUUGUACGGGAACAGCAAGUUAUGUUUAGUGUUGUUUUGCGUCGAGCUAGCGAGAAGACUGAAGGGGUCUUAUGUGAUUGUGAACGUAGUGGACCCUGGAGCUGUGGGGACGCAGAUUUUCAAAAGUACGGGGCCGUCGUUCGGCAGUUUUCUGACAUUUAUCUUUGGCGUGUUGUUUAAACAUCCUUGGGAAGGUGCUCAAACGGCUUUGUACGCAGCGACUAGUACGAGAGCCGGUAAAGUUAGUGGGAAGUAUUUUAUGAACUGUAAGCUAGGUCGGGCGUCUUCGACGGCUUUGGAUGUGAAACUUGCUAAAGAUCUUUGGGACGAAUCGUUGAAGCUAGUGAAAAUAAGUGAUGAACAAUUGUAAUCAUAACCUGUGAAAAAUAUUCUAAUAAGUAUUUAGUAUAAAUAUAGACAGGGUAAUUAAACUAUGUUAGAAAUAAAGUGUUAUGUUUUUAAAGGCCUUGGUUUUAUUACCGUUAAAUUCAUUCAAUCAUCAAGUAACGAUUAUAAGCCCAUUUGUUAAAUUUCAAGCAUCUAUUAACGGAAGCGGUGUUUUUGCAUUAUUUACAUGAUUAUUUCGCAAUACAGACCUUGUUUGAAAUAGAUUUCUUUUUUAUUCUACUGAGGGUGAUAAAAAUCAUAUCGGCAGUAAUAUGUAUAGAUUCCUGUUUAUUUCUAUUGAUAAUAUAUUUUGUGUUUCGCAUAAAAAAUAUUAUAGUUACUAUUCAAGUAAGGUCAUUCCAGUAAUAAUAAAUAAUAAUAAUAUCAGCCCUGUAUUAUAUACUUGCCCACUGCU